AUGGCGUCUCGCGGCAGCAAACAGCGGCAGCCGCUCCUCCACUCUCCCACGCCCACAGCCGCCAACGGUGGCGGCGCAGCCGGGAGGCGCAGGUUCCUCUCGUUCCUCGCCGUCACGGCAGCUCUUGUCGCGUCCUACCACCUCCUCGUGCCGACCAAUUCGUCGCACUACCACGCGCUAUUCCUCUCCCUCGGCUCCAACGCCACCGCGGCCGCCCACCUCCGCGCGCUCACCCUCCGCCCCCACGUCGCUGGCACCGAGGCCAACGCGGCCGCCGCCCGCUACGUGCUCCAUGCGUUCUCCUCCCUCUCCUUCCCAGCACAUAUCACCCCUUACUCGGUGCUCCUCUCCUACCCCGUCCACCGCUCCCUCUCCCUCGCCGCGGCGCCCGGCCUUGCCGCCAGGCCGUUCUCCUUGGUGCAAGAGACCUACGAAGGCGACCCGUACGCCGAGGCCGCGGCGGAGGUCCUCCCGACGUACUUCGCCUACUCGGGAUCCGGCUCCGUCACCGCCGAGGUCGUCUACGCCAACUACGGCCACAACGAGGAUUAUGCCUACCUCGCCUCCCGCGGGGUCGACGUCGCGGGCAAGGUCGCGCUCGUGCGGUACGGUGACAUCCACUGCGAGGACAUGGUGCGGAACGCGCGCGCCGCGGGCGCCGCCGCCUCUAUCGUGUACACCGAUGCCAAGGACUUCGGCGGGAGCGCGGCGAAGGGGGAGAAGCGCAAAUGGUUCCCCGACGCGCGGUGGCUGCCGCCGACAGGCGUGCAGGUUGGGACCCUGUACUACGGGAACGGCGACCCGACCACGCCGCUGUGGCCGUCGUGCGCGGCUGGGGACGACUGCGAGCGGCUGAGCAUGGAGGAGCUGGACGGCAGCGAGGCGAUGCCGGGCAUCCCGGCGCUGCCGGUGUCGGCCAGGGACGGGGAGACGAUCCUCAAGGCGAUGGGCGGCGACGUGGCUCCGCCGAAGUGGCAGGGCGGCGAGGGCGCGCCCGUGUACCGGCUCGGCCCCGGCCCGGCCGUGUUGAAUCUCACCUACAUUGCAAACGAGACUUUAGCAACCAUCGAAAAUGUGUUUGCGGUGAUAGAAGGAAAAGAGGAGCCUGACAGAUAUGUGAUCAUAGGCAACCAUCGUGAUGCUUGGACGUUUGGAGCAAUUGAUCCUAACAGUGGAACGGCAGCCAUGCUUGAGAUCGCGGAGAGGCUGUCCAAGCUACAAGCGAAAGGGUGGAGGCCUAGAAGAACAAUAAUCCUGUGUAGUUGGGACGCAGAAGAGUUUGCCCUGAUAGGAUCUACUGAAUGGGCCGAGGAGAACAUGGACACUCUAGCUUCGAGAGCUAUAGCUUACCUGAACGUGGACAUAUCAGUGUUUGGUCCUGGGGGUCUUAGACCCCGUGCAACCCCUCAACUUGAUGAAUUGAUCAGAGAAGCAAGUAAAAUGGUACCAGAUCCCGAUGAACCAUCUCAAACCUUGUAUGACACCAUGAUGCGAUAUCAUCCACCGAUCACUAGAGUGGCUGGUGCUGGAACAGAUUUUGCAGCAUUUGUCCAGCAUAUAGGGGUCCCGUCACUCGACAUGUCUUAUGGACUGUUUGAAGAAUACCCUGUUUACCACUCGCUGUAUGAUGAUUAUGUUUGGGUGGAGAGGUUUGGAGACCCCUUGUUCCACAGGCAUGUUGCAGUGGCCAGCGUUUGGGGUUUGAUUGCACUGAAACUUGCUGACGACGAGAUCAUACCCUUCAAUUACGUCUCUUAUGCGUCCGAGCUGGAGGAGUGCACAAAAGAUAUCGUAGAUAAAUGUAAAGGAUUUCCUGUCAGUUUCUCUCCUUUGCAGAAGUCCAUCAAGCAGCUCGAGAGUGCUGCCACCAAAAUUUACAAAGAGAAGAAGUUGCUGCAAGCAGAAAACUGGAGCCUAAAGACAAGGCAGUACACACUGAAAGUCAGGGAGAUGAACGACCGGUUGAUGAUGGCCGAACGAGCGUUCACCAACCGAGAAGGACUCGCCGGGAGACCAUGGUACAAGCAUAUGAUAUAUGCAUCAUCGGAUCAAGACGACUGGGGGACCAAAGCCUUCCCUGGUAUCGUCUCGGCCAUGGACAAGGCUAAGAAGUCCAACACAACUGAGACAUGGCGAUCGCUGCAGCAUGAGAUUUACAGGGUUGCAAGGGCUGUGUCCAAGGCUUCUGCAGUCCUGGAUGGUAAACUAACAUGA